AUGUUGAUGUCGCUAAGUCUUUACACUGUUGGUUUGGUCCUUGAAUAUCAUGGAAACUACAGCAAACCUACAGAGGUUACGAAAAGCUCUGGAAAUUCAAGAACAAUCUUUAGGUCCAAUCAUAAUGAUGUCGCUGCGUCUUUAUACAAUCUUGGUUUGGUCUUUGAAAAGUUGGAAACUCUGGAAAUUCAAAAAAAAUCUUUGGAAAUCACAAGUGGUGAUGAUGCUGAUGCUAAAGAUGUCGGAAAUUCUCCUGGUGCUGGAAAUACAAAACAAGAAAUCACAAGUGGUGAUGACGUUAAUGCUAAAGAUGUCGGAACUUCUCCUGGUGUUGAAAAUACAAAACAAGUGUGGAAAUACAUUGAUGAAUCAAAGAAGCAUAAAGAAUUUCUUUUAAAAUUGAUUGAAUAUGGACGCAAUUGCAGUGUUCAUGUUAAAGAGGUGGGCAAUGUACGAGUAAUUUUCUCAGAAGAGUUUUGCAUUGGUGAAGGAAGUGAUGCAACCCGUGUCUUUCUUGGACUGGGUAAGGAUGGUUACGGUAAAGCAGUGAAACGAAUACAUCAACAUAAAUUUAUCCAGCUUGCACAUCACGAAAAGAAAAUUUUAAAUGAAUUCAAUGCAAAGAAGUCGAAAUAUGUUGUGAAUUAUUUCUACUUAGAAGAAGAUACUAGAACAGAAUAUGUUUAUUUGAUAUUAGACUUAUGUGAAGAAUCAUUGCAGAGUUUUGUCAAGUCUUCUACAUUGCAUGAUCUUCAAAAAGCUCUUCCUGAUCUUCUUACACAAAUUUUAAAAGGAUUAGCUGAUCUUCAUAGCGGCCCAAAUCCUAUUCUACAUCGGGAUUUAAAGCCUUCGAAUGUUCUGCGAGACUCAAAAAGCAACUUUCUGAUAGCUGACUUUGGCAUAAGUCGAAAAAUGAAGAGUGACUCUACAACAUAUAAAAGCAAUACUUCCAUGGGAACUUUGCAUUGGAUAGCUCCUGAAUCAUAUUGCGAAGAUGAUGAUUCAGGAAAUAAAGCCCGUUACAAUAGAAGGUCUGAUGUAUAUAAUGCAGGGAUGGUAGCUUAUUAUGUAACAACAAAAGGAAAGCAUCCUUUUGGAGUUCAACGGUAUAGACUGGACAACAUGCUGAAUGGAAAACCUGUUGGUUUGAAAGAUAUCGAGGAUAAAACACUAAGGGACCUUCUGUCGUGGAUGUUAAAUCUAAAACCUGAAGACAGACCAUAUUCUAACGAAGCACUAAAACACCCAUUUCUCAUGUCGGAUGAUGAGAAAUUUGAAAUGUUAAGUAAAGUUGGGAACCAAAAACCAAUCAAAGCCAAUAAUCCCCAGUCAAGUGUCGUUCGACAAUUGAAUAGCGAAUCCGUACAAUGGAAAAGUCAAAUGGAUAGUGAUGUCUAUGAUUAUUUUUCCACGUACGAAAAAAAUGGAAAAAUCAAUAAGGUGCAUUAUAAAUCUUCAUGGACAGAAUGCUUAAGACUUAUUCGAAAUACUGGCCAGCAUUGGAACGAUCGACCACGACCUCUACCACAACCAGAACCAUUUUAUAAGAUUGGCGAUUACAGGGCGUAUUUUCUCCGAACAUUUCCUAAUCUCCCUGUUCGGGUACAUGCUGCUGUCAGGUCAAAUGAUAAAUUGAAAAACAAACCAGAACUCAAGAACUUUUUUAAUUUUAAUGAAAGCGAACUACAUCAAUAAGCAAUUUAGAUACAACAGAACCUGUUGGGGGUAAAAAAGUAGCCAUUAAGAAAUCAUUGAUACUGUAGAGAUCUUAUUUUAUAGAUAUAAAGAAAAACAGUUUCCACGACGUAUUUAAAUACUAUUUCAUCACAUUUUUGGUAAAUCUAUAACCUGUGGUAUUUAUUGAUACUAUGUAAUAUACCUGAUUAUUUACUUUUUACUGUAAAAUUCUUUGAAAAAGGAUUGAAGGCGAAUAUGACAUUAAAAGUUAAUUUUUAUGUUUGGCUGCACUGAUAAAUUUUGCACUACAUUUAUCCAACAUAAUAAACUCGUACACCAUAAAAAUUUGUAUUUCUGAAAUUAUUAUAAUUACUAAAAGUCUGGCCUUGGUGUUUUGGGCUCUUGGGAGUUCCUUAUCGUAUAAA